AGAGAGAGAGAGAGAGAGAGGGUGGUAUGGGUGUGGACUACUACAAGGUUCUUCAGGUAGACCGAAACGCCAAAGACGAUGACUUGAAGAAAGCUUAUCGCAAGCUCGCCAUGAAAUGGCACCCCGAUAAAAACCCUAACAACAAGAAAGACGCCGAAUCCAAAUUCAAACAAAUCUCCGAAGCCUACGAUGUUUUGAGUGAUCCCCAAAAGCGAGCUGUCUACGAUCAGUACGGCGAAGAGGGUUUGAAGGGCCAGGUUCCGCCGCCCGGUGCCGGAGGCUUUUAUGCUGGCUCCGACGGUGGUGGUGGUGGUCCGACGACGUUCCGGUUCAAUCCUCGAAGCGCCGAUGACAUUUUCUCUGAGUUUUUCGGGUUUAAUAGCCCUUUCGGAGGAAUGGGGGAUAUGGGUGGGUCUCGAGCCAGUGCUUCGGGGUUUCCGAGGGGUAUGUUUGGGGAGGAUAUAUUCUCUUCGUUUCGGGGCGGAGCUGGGGGUGAAGGGUCCGGUCAUGUGCCUCGAAAAGGGGCGGCGAUAGAGCGGAAUUUGCCAUGUAGUUUGGAGGAUUUGUAUAAGGGGACUACUAAGAAAAUGAAGAUUUCGAGAGAUGUCAUUGAUGCUAGUGGGAGACCCACCACAAUGGAGGAAAUUCUUACAAUUGAGAUCAAGCCAGGUUGGAAGAAGGGAACAAAAAUAACAUUUCCAGAGAAGGGAAAUGAACAGCGAGGUGUUAUACCCUCAGACCUUGUCUUCAUUAUUGAUGAGAAGCCUCACAGCGUCUUCAAGAGGGAUGGCAAUGAUCUCGUUGUUACCCAGAAGAUCUCCCUUGUGGAAGCUCUGACUGGUUUCACUUCACAGAUCACGACCCUUGAUGGCCGAAAUCUGACAGUUGCUAUCAACUCUAUCAUCAGUCCCACCUAUGAAGAAGUUGUUAAAGGGGAAGGUAUGCCCAUCCCAAAGGAACCUUCCAAAAAAGGUAACUUGAGAAUUAAGUUCAACAUCAAGUUCCCUACGAGGCUUACUUCGGAGCAGAAAACUGGGAUUAAGAGAUUGUUAGCAUCAUGAACAUUAUUGCUAGUGCUUUCUACCAACCUCAUGUAAGCUUUCGUUUGUGUUCCUUUGAUUGCCUUUUAUUCUGGAAAGGAAAUUCAUGCGUUGCUGAAUUGGAGAUUUCGUCGAAACAGUUGUUUAAAAGUUUUCUUUUAUUUAUCAAAAAAUAUUUGUUAUGUGGCUGCUAUGCUGUCUCUUUUGCUUUCUGUUCUUGUUUAAAAGAAAUUUUCCUUGACCUUCUUGACUCGAUAAUCCGUGGGUCAUUGGAAUCUUAAAAAAUCUAUGCCCUUUCUAAACUCAACCUCCUUGGUGCUAUUGAUAGAAUUGCACAACAUCAUCAGAAACCCAUUCCUGCAAUUGCCUUCUUUGAUAUUGGUGCCGCCGCUUCAAUCCUAAGCCCCUCCGUCUUACCCUGAUCAGUAAUUUGGUCUUGAUUUUUCUUAUACUGAGGAUAAGAAAUGAAUUUCCUGACACCAGAAAUGGGAAAUUAGAUACUUCAGCUUCGGUAUCGUUACAGGAAAAGGGGUGUUUAACCGAGAAGAACAAGACGGGUGAAUUUCUAGAACCCUUAACUGCUUUCGCUGAAAUUUCUUCACUUUCAGCUCUGCUGGUUAAACCCUUAUGCAAACUCUGAUUGGUGAUUUGGACAAAGUUGCCAACAACAAACUGACAUCUUAACCUGGCAGAGCAUAUGUCCCUUCAUUCUGACUGAUUUUGAAGGGCUGGAAAAUGACAUGAAAUGGAACACUUGGUUACUAUAUAUUCAGCUUGUUGGGUUUGAGUUGGUUUAGGUCCAAGUACUUGGAUUGAAGCUGUUUGCCUGUGAAAAAGUUUGAUCUGUUGUGGCUGCAAGUUUUUUUGUUUUUUGUUUUUUUGAACAAAGAUAUUUGAUGUUACACAUUUUCAAUUGAACAUUGUUGGCAUGCAUUGAUCUCAAGUAAGUGGAUAGUGUAGUUAAAGUGUAGUGAAAUCAGUUUUCUCCUAUGAAUGUAAUAGUCAUGGACUCAGACCAGUGUAAAGGCUUGUUCGCCUGAGACUCUACUAAUUAAGAUUUUGAGGAAA